AUGAGCGCAUCGUCCUGCGUUCCCUUCCUGACCAACGAAACACCUGACCGAUUUCCGGUAAAGAAGGCAAGCUUCAGAGUGCGCGAAACAGACGUCGCAGCUAUCAACACCACGUCAAAGGCUUCCGGGCUGUGGAUGGGAAACCCUUUCGAUAUAGAGAAGCGACAAUACAUAAAGGCACACGACACGCAGCCGAAGGACAUCUUUCAGCAAAGUAUUUGUGCGACAAACUCCAAGGUCGCAACGAGGUCCACAAGCAACGAGACAGUCUACCCCUUGCGUGUUAUGCACGUUCUGAUUGAUGACCUAGCCGCGCAUGUCCCUGAAGAUGCCUGCAAUGUGAUCUCGGAGACUGGCGAGUUUGCUUCAUCUACCAGCGGCUCAAUUCCCUUUAUGCCGGUCACCAGCCUCACUCUGAUGAUAACCUGCGCCUGGGGUUCCAACGCCAACCUGUUUCUAAAUUCUCAACGCGACAGGGUGCAGAUGUUCAUGAAGAACGUUGUGGUCAAGAAUCUUCGACAUGAGAUUUGA